UUAGUCCGCUCCGCUCGCAUAAUAUAAUCCGCGAUAAACAGGGGAGAACGGGCAGAGCGAGAAAGGAGAAAGAGAGAGUGACGGAGGGAGAAAGCAACGUGUUUCGCGGUUUCGUUUUGGUUUUGGUUUCAGUUUCGUUUGGUUUCGCACAGGUUAAGUUUUCAAUUGUGCUCCCCCCUCUUUUUUGUUUUCUUUUUUAUGUGCGAAUUCGCAUUGCGAUCGGCGUUUAUUUUGCAAUGGCUUUUAUUUUGUGUAAGGUGAUGAAUUCAAUAAAAAUGCAACAAAAAACAUUCGGGUGUCACCUGUUGUGAGAAAAGAGAGUGAGAGAGAAAGGAGAGGCAGAGCAGAAAGAGAGAGUAACCCCACUGAUCAAACUGUAAAUCGUGCAAUGCUCUUCCAACUGAAAUUUGCAAGGCGGGAAAAGGCAAACAAAUAAAAAUAAACAAAAAUAACAAACAAAAAUACAUACAUAGGUAGCAAAAACAAAACAGCAAAAGCCGGAGCCAAUUAAUUAAAUACUUAAUUCCUUAAACUACGCCCUCCGCUUUAAACUAAAUGUGGCACUGAGUUGAGUCGAAGGUUUUUUGGAUAAAAGCGAACCUGCCGUUUGAAAGUCGUGGCAGAAGGGCAGCCAUUGCAGCCGAGUCAAGUUAAAUUAGCCGGAAACGGAAACGGACCAUGUGAUCUACAAUAAAUGCAAUUGUAUAUAAACACACGCAUCCGUUGGGUCAAUAUGUCCCGAAAUUAAUUCCUAUAUCAAGAGAGCAAGGGCGAAAGCUAGAGAGAGAGACAGAUCUAGAUCUGGACUAGAUAUAUAUCGCAUGUGCACGGCAACGGAAACGGAAGCGUCAGCGGCAACGGCAACGGAAACAGUAACGGCAGCGGCAACGGAAACGGAAGUGGCUAACGUAACGUCAUCCAGUGAGCAAUAAUGACCAAGAAGUACGAGUUCGACUGGAUCAUUCCGGUUCCGCCGGAAUUGACCACGGGCUGUGUGUUCGAUCGCUGGUUCGAGAACGAAAAGGAGACGAAGGAGAACGACUUUGAGCGCGAUGCCCUCUUCAAGGUCGACGAAUACGGAUUUUUCCUUUACUGGAAAAGCGAGGGGCGGGAUGGCGAUGUCAUCGAGCUUUGUCAAGUGAGCGAUAUUCGUGCGGGAGGAACCCCAAAGGAUCCAAAGAUACUCGAUAAGGUGACGAAGAAGAAUGGAACCAAUAUACCGGAACUGGAUAAGCGAUCCCUGACGAUCUGCUCGAACACGGACUAUAUCAAUAUAACAUAUCACCAUGUUAUUUGUCCAGAUGCGGCAACAGCCAAGAUCUGGCUAGAUGGCAUACGAAAAAUAACCCAUAAUGUCAAAGCGAACAAUAUCUGCCCCAUGAUGUGUCUGCGGAAACAUUGGAUGCGAUUGAGUUACUGCGUGGAGAAGAGCGGCAAAAUUCCGGUGAAAACGCUGGCCAAGACCUUCGCCUCCGGCAAAACGGAGAAGCUGGUGUACACGUGCAUCAAGGACGCCGGUCUGCCGGACGACAAGAACGCCACGAUGACCAAGGAGCAGUUCACCUUCGACAAGUUCUACGCCCUCUACCACAAGGUCUGUCCCCGCAACGAUAUCGAGGAGCUCUUCACCUCCAUUACCAAGGGCAAGCAGGACUUUAUCAGUCUGGAGCAAUUUAUCCAGUUCAUGAACGACAAACAGCGCGAUCCUCGAAUGAAUGAGAUCCUGUAUCCUCUCUAUGAGGAGAAACGCUGCACUGAGAUCAUCAACGAUUACGAGUUAGAGGAGGAGAAAAAGAAAAAUGUUCAACUGUCGCUGGAUGGCUUCAAGCGCUACCUGAUGUCCGACGAGAAUGCUCCGGUGUUCCUGGACCGACUGGACUUCUACAUGGAGAUGGACCAGCCCCUGGCCCAUUACUACAUAAACAGCUCCCACAACACCUAUCUAUCCGGUCGUCAGAUCGGCGGCAAGAGUUCCGUGGAGAUGUACCGCCAGACCCUUUUGGCAGGAUGUCGGUGUGUGGAGCUGGACUGCUGGAACGGAAAGGGGGAGGAUGAGGAGCCGAUCGUCACCCACGGCCACGCCUACUGCACGGAAAUCCUCUUCAAGGACUGCAUCCAGGCGAUUGCGGACUGCGCCUUUGUGUCCUCCGAGUAUCCGGUGAUCUUGUCCUUCGAGAACCACUGCAAUCGCGCCCAGCAAUACAAGUUGGCCAAAUACUGUGAUGACUUCUUCGGCGAUCUGUUGCUCAAAGAGCCGCUUUCAGAUCACCCGCUGGAUCCGGGUCUACCGCUGCCGCCGCCGUGCAAACUGAAGCGCAAGAUCCUCAUCAAGAACAAGCGAAUGAAGCCGGAGGUGGAGAAGGUCGAGCUGGAGCUGUGGCUCAAGGGCGAGCUGAAGACGGACGACGAUCCGGAGGAGGACGCCAGUGCGGGCAAGCCGCCGGAGGCAGCCGCCGCCCCCGCUCCCGCCCCGGAAGCAGCCGCCGCCGCCGAAGGAGCCGCCGAGGGGGGUGGCGGAGCGGAGGCCGAGGCAGCCGCCGCCAACUACAGUGGCUCCACCACAAACGUGCACCCGUGGCUCUCAUCCAUGGUCAAUUAUGCGCAGCCCAUCAAGUUCCAGGGCUUCGACAAGGCAAUCGAGAAAAACAUUGCCCACAACAUGUCCUCGUUUGCGGAAUCGGCGGGCAUGAACUACCUGAAGCAGAGCUCCAUCGACUUCGUCAAUUACAACAAGCGUCAGAUGUCGCGGAUCUAUCCGAAGGGCACCCGGGCGGACUCCUCGAACUACAUGCCGCAGGUGUUCUGGAACGCCGGCUGCCAGAUGGUCUCCCUCAACUUCCAGAGCUCCGAUCUGCCCAUGCAGCUCAACCAGGGCAAGUUCGAGUACAACGGCGGCUGUGGCUAUCUGCUGAAACCCGACUUUAUGCGCCGUGCCGACAAGGAUUUCGAUCCGUUUGCCGAUGCGCCGGUGGACGGUGUGAUUGCGGCCCAGUGUUCCGUGAAGGUGAUAGCCGGCCAGUUCUUGUCGGACAAGAAAGUGGGCACCUACGUGGAGGUGGACAUGUUUGGCCUGCCCUCGGACACGGUGAAGAAGGAGUUUCGCACCCGUCUGGUGGCCAACAAUGGUCUAAAUCCGGUCUACAAUGAAGAUGCCUUCGUAUUCCGCAAAGUGGUGCUGCCCGACUUGGCUGUGCUGCGAUUUGGCGUCUAUGAGGAGAGCGGAAAGAUCCUGGGACAGCGUAUCCUGCCGCUGGACGGCCUGCAGGCUGGCUAUCGCCAUGUGUCCCUGCGCACGGAGGCCAACUUCCCCAUGUCGUUGCCCAUGUUGUUUGUGAAUAUCGAGCUAAAGAUCUAUGUACCUGAUGGCUUUGAGGACUUCAUGGCCAUGUUGUCGGAUCCACGAGGAUUUGCCGGAGCCGCCAAGCAGCAAAAUGAACAGAUGAAGGCCUUGGGCAUUGAGGAGCAGAGCGGCGGUGCCGCCCGAGAUGCUGGCAAGGCCAAGGAGGAGGAGAAAAAGGAGCCACCGCUGGUCUUUGAGCCGGUCACGCUGGAAUCGCUGCGGCAGGAGAAGGGCUUCCAGAAGGUGGGCAAGAAGCAGAUCAAGGAACUGGACACGCUGCGCAAGAAGCACGCCAAGGAGCGCACCUCGGUGCAGAAGACCCAGAAUGCGGCCAUCGACAAGCUGAUCAAGGGCAAGAGCAAAGACGACAUUCGCAACGAUGCCAACAUCAAGAACUCGAUCAAUGACCAGACCAAGCAGUGGACCGACAUGAUCGCCCGUCACCGCAAGGAGGAGUGGGAUAUGCUGCGACAGCAUGUCCAGGACUCGCAGGACGCCAUGAAGGCACUGAUGCUCACCGUUCAGGCGGCGCAGAUCAAGCAGCUGGAGGAUCGCCAUGCCAGGGACAUCAAGGAUCUAAAUGCCAAGCAGGCAAAGAUGUCGGCGGACACCGCCAAGGAGGUGCAGAACGACAAGACCCUGAAGACCAAGAACGAGAAGGAUCGUCGGUUGCGUGAGAAGCGCCAGAACAAUGUCAAGCGCUUCAUGGAGGAGAAGAAGCAAAUCGGCGUUAAGCAGGGCCGCGCCAUGGAGAAACUGAAGCUGGCGCAUUCGAAGCAGGUCGAGGAAUUCAGUACCGACGUGCAAAAGCUUAUGGACAUGUACAAAAUCGAGGAGGAGGCCUAUAAGACGCAAGGAAAGACGGAGUUUUAUGCCUAAGACCCCCAGGUCAAGGGUCAAAACAGAGGAAGAGCACCGCGAUACCAAAAAAUUACACUAAAAAAAAACACUAGAGCAAACCAAGAAACAAUGUGCUGAUCAAGAUGAAGAUGCUAACAUAUAUACUUCUUUAUAUACUGAAUUUACACACACUACACUCAUCAUCCCAGAACUCAAACACACAUACACUCGCCCACAUCUAUAAGGUAUUAACUUUACUUAAAAAUAUUUACGUAUAUGUUUUAUGCAGGAAGCAUAAGCUUACACACUUGUCAACUAACUAGAAUUCAAAAACUGAGAAGUCAACACUUUGUGCUUUAUAUUUAUUUAAGAUUCCGAUGAAGAAGAAAAAGUUGAUUGAGAAGGCCACACAUGAAUGUGUGUAUUUUACGGGGACUUUCCCCUCUCGAAUCCAUUGUAAUUUAUUUUGAAAAACAAGAAAAACCUAAGAAAAAAAAAAGAAUACCAAAAAUCUUUAAAGGUAUUUUGUGCUAGCAACACAAUAACAACGGUACACCGAUAAGUUUAGACCACAUAUACAGUGCGUUUCAGGGCUAUAAGGACUGCCUUGUGGUUGUUUUAGCGGUGAAACGCACUGUACACAAUCAUAUAUGUAUACAUAACACGAACCCAACAUCCCUGCCCCCAGUAAUCGUACGUUUCAAGUGAACUAAUUACAUGAGUUUCCGAUUCUCCACCUAAUAGCUUAGCCAACUAACUAACCAGUAAGCUAAAACCAUUAACCAGUAAAGCAAUCCGAGGAGCCCACAAUUAACCGAACACCCAAACAAACAGAUCUACAUAUAUAUAUUUCGGGAUAUAUAGAACCUGUAGAACGUCAUAUUUUUUUUCUAAAAGCAUUUAUUUUGCAAAACUUGGGGGGAAAUCCAAACCCCUAACUGCUCGAAAAAUAUAUGAAAACCGAAAACAGCAUUCACAGUCAUAAAUGAGAAAAUCUAUGCAAAUAGUUUAUAAAGACGGUGUUAUAAAAACCUAAGUAUUAAGUGUGUAAUUCAAACAAUGAAACACCCCUACCGGCAGUUAUAUGUACACACCGAUACUACACACACAACACACAAAAAUAUGAAUUAUUUUUGAGCUGAAAAUACCAAAAACAAAUUGGUUUAACUUUACAUGAAAUGUGAAUUUUUUCCGCUCUGUAUUAGUUCCGAUCUAAUUUUUAAUUUUUAACCAAAACGAGAUAAAGAUUUUACGAUUUUUACUACCAGAUAAAGUAGCCAAAAAAAAUAUAUACAUACAUAUAUACACAGAAACACGAAAUAAUACAUAGAUCUAGUGAAUAUUAUACCACAGUAAGAGAGACAAACAAGAACUUCAGAUAGUUUCUGUUUGAACUGUCAAGACCGUUUAUGUUGCACUCGAAAGUUGCUUUUUGCAUGUAUUGUAGUUGUUGCAAAAAUACCAAAAAAAAAAAAAGAUUAUAUUAAAAAAAA